GGAAAAACAGUCAUAGCUUUGCCCACCUUCUUCCUCUCUUCUCCUCUCCUCUCCUCUCCUCGCCCAAUUCCACACAGCCCACCCCUCCAAGAAAAAAUUUUUGCCCUUGUCGUCGUAGAUUGGUCAUCGGCUUGUUCACAAUGCUCACCACCUUGAGAAUUGCCAGCCGCUCAGCUGCCACGAAGGAAGCCGGCGUUCGCGUCCUGGCGUACCGGCAAGCCUGCACUUGGGCCAAUGUCCCUCAGGGUCCUCCUGAUGCCAUCUUGGGGAUCACUGAGGCCUUCAAGGCUGAUUCCUUCAAGGAGAAGAUCAACCUCGGCGUUGGAGCUUACCGCGACGACCAAGGCAAACCCUACGUCCUCCCUUCCGUCAGAGCCGCCGAAACCAAAGUGGUAAACUCCAAGCUCGACAAGGAAUACGCGGGAAUCACUGGCGUUCCUUCUUUCACCAAGGCCGCUGCCGAGCUCGCUUUCGGCGCCGACAGCGCUGCCGUCAAGGAGGGCAGCAUCGCCAUCACACAGUCCAUCUCCGGCACCGGCGCGCUGAGAAUAGCCGCGGCCUUCCUGGAGCGCUUCUACCCUCACGCAAAGACGGUCUACAUCCCCAACCCGAGCUGGGCCAACCACGCCGCCGUCUUCAAGGACUCCGGCCUCGAGGUCGAGAAGUACAGAUACUACAACAAGGACACGAUCGGACUUGACUUCGAGGGCCUGAUCGCCGACCUCAAGGCCGCUCCUGCGCAGAGCAUCAUCCUGCUCCACGCGUGUGCGCACAAUCCCACCGGCAUCGACCCUACCCAGGAACAAUGGCUCCAGAUCUCCGAGGUCAUGAAGCAGAAGGGACAUUUUGCCUUCUUCGACAUGGCCUACCAGGGAUUCGCCAGUGGAGAUAUCAACCGUGAUGCCUUUGCCCUGCGGCACUUUGUGAGCCAGGGCCAGCCUGUUGUCCUCGCCCAGAGUUUCGCAAAGAACAUGGGUCUCUACGGUGAGCGUGUUGGUGCAUUCUCCGUCGUCUGCGAAUCGGCGGAAGAGAAGCAGCGCGUGGAUUCGCAGAUCAAGAUUCUCGUUCGCCCCAUGUACUCCAAUCCGCCCAUCCAUGGCGCCCGCAUCGCAUCGACCAUCCUGAACGACCCGACCCUGAACCAGCAGUGGCUCGGGGAGGUCAAGGGCAUGGCCGACCGUAUCAUCGAGAUGCGUGCCCUUCUCAAGAAGCACCUGGAAGAGCUGGGAAGCAAGCAUGACUGGAGCCAUAUCACCAGCCAGAUUGGCAUGUUUGCCUACACCGGACUCAAGCCUGAGCAGAUGGAGAAGUUGGCCAAGGAGCACUCCGUGUACGCCACCAAGGACGGCCGCAUCUCCGUUGCGGGGAUCACAACCGGCAACGUCAAGCGACUCGCGGAAUCCAUCUACAAGGUGACCGGCUAAAAAAACUGGGGGGGAUUAGUUUGUGGGGAAGCAGAUGAAACAGGCGGUUUUUCCCUAAAGCGCGCUUCCCACUCUAAUGACCGUGACAUAAACUUGACGUACUACUUUUCCUGCCUUUUUUUUUCCCUUUUUGGCUGAAAACGAAUUUCCUGAUGUACUUUUAAGGCCAUAUGUACUUCCAUGCAAGCGAUCAUGUUUCUUUAUCUUAUCAUC